AUGGCUUCCACAGAACUGGUGGCAUCAACCCCCAUGCCUUCUCGAAAUGGUCAGGGAUCUCACCAGAAGCUUAAUGGUGGCAAUGUCAAUUCUGCCACCAACACACCCACUGUUGCCAGCACUCCGGUUAACCAACCUCGGAAAUUACCAUCAGAGAAUUUUUCUGGUCUUGGAGGAGCUAUCAGAAUUGAAAUUGAACCACUGGUUGUGGACUUUCAACGAAGACUAGGAAAAAAUUGGGGCCGAUAUCAGAUAGCUGUUAGUUUGUUUCUUGUGGGGAAGUUGUCCAGAAGAGAGCUAGUAGAUGAAUUGGAUGACAUACUGGAUAGAAAUACCGUGAAAAUGCAUAACCAACUACUUUUGGGCAAUUUGGCAAACUCUCUCAAAGAAUCGGCCGGUGAUAGAGUUGGUUCCGGUGGUUUUGGUGGUUCGAUGUUCAAUAAGAGAGUGAAAGACUCCCGUAAAUCAUCACAAUACGAACGACUUAAAAGAGAUAUACUAGCACUUCCUGUGCGAGAAAGAAGAAGAAUAAAAGCUAUCACCAGAGAGUCCGGAAAGAAAGGUAUGGUCAACUCUGUGAUAACUCAAACACGUCAGGCCUUAAUUCCCAAGGUUCCUGUAGUGACAAGGCCUACCAACGUCCCAGGAAAUUCUGUACAGUGGGCUCAGGAUGUCAUUCAUGGAUUCCAAGCACUGCUCGCUUCAGAGAUAUACGAACUUCCUGAGAUGGAUAAUCUUCGAACUAGAAUGACUGGAAUCAGUAGAGAACAUGGGCUAAUUGGACCAGUAGAUGAUUCUGUUAUUGAAAUUAUGUUGAUAGGGUUGGAGCAGCAUCUUAAAGGCAUUGUUGAAGCCGCCAUUGACAUUGUCAAAUACAGAAGGACAAAGUACACUAAUAACUCCGUGGUAGAUACGUUACAAAAGGAGCAAACUAAUACCUCAGACACAUCUUCUUCCAAGGUCUCUAGGAAAAGAGAUAGACAUACAUUGACAAUCGAAGACAUGUACGACACGCUAGAACAGUAUCCAUAUCUGGUGGAACCAGGUGGAACUUUACUUCGACUGCAAAGCGUCAUGCUUCAUGAUGAGGACGAGCUUUCGGAUGAUGAGAUUCUGAAACAUAUUUUGAAACCUAGAACUUCAGACUCAACUGAUAGAAAACCAAAGCAAUUACAAGAAAAUGGUACUGCAGACUCUUUGAGCAAGGUAACCAAGUCCAUCACCAACGGAGCGAAUGCCAGUGGAGAUGCAGUGCCCAAUGGUAAAGCGGAACAUAUACAAAAUACUAUGGGAACCAAGGAAGAAUUAAAUUGGUUCAUUUAUGAUAUUCUAUCUAACAAUGAAUAG